AUGCUGUUGUUUUUGUAUGAGGAAGAGUGCGAGGAGAGCACGAGCCUCCCUGUGCGGUACCGUCCCGAGUCACCCGCUGCCCUGGCGCGCGCUUUCCGGUUCACUGCCCACGAGAUCAAGCUCAUAUACCGCGGCUUCAAACAGGAGUUUCUCGACACGCUGUCACGGGUUGCACGUGGUUCUGUCCAAGAGAAACUUUCCUGGGUCUUCGCGCUGUACGAUGUCGACGGUGAUGGGCGGAUCUCCAAGUCGGAGAUGCUGGCUGUAGUGCAGGAAGUAUAUGAAGUACUUGGACGGGCGGCGGUACCUCCCGUACUUCCGGCAUAUGCUAAGGAUCACGUAGAUAAAAUCUUUGACGUGAGUUAA